AUGAACGAUAAAGAUAUGUUUAAGGUACCACAGACAGGCGUGUCGAGCCGUCGUUUGUCGCUGACCUCUGCUUUUGAACUGCCUAGAUUUCGCAAAAGGCAUAGAGAUAAAGAGAAUGAGGACAAGGACAACGUUAGUGUACUCAGUCUUGAUGUGGCUGAAACGUCCUUUAAGAAAAAACGUAAGCGAUCUUUGAUGAGAGUGUCUGCAUCACUUAUCAACCUUGUAUCUUCAAACAAACAAAAGAAUGACAGUGAAGCAUUUAAAGUCCCUAGCUCUCCGCAGUCGCAGAAUGUGUCCCCUUACAGACCUCCCUUGCCAUCACCUGCUAAACGCAGGUCUCAGCUCACCUGGGUCGAUUGGAUCUCUGGAGCAAAAGGUGACUCAGUCCUUCCAGUUAUGUCUCACUCGGACAUCAAGCGACAGGAAGCCAUUUAUGAAUUAUACCAAGGAGAGAAAGAUAUAGCCGAGGAUCUGAUCAACGUCACAAAGCUAUACAGAGACUCUUUUGUAACCCUGGGGCUGAUGUCACAGGCCGAUGUGAAUACCCUCUUUGGGAACAUCGACUCUCUCAUCCCAGUACACCAGGAUUUAGCAGCAAGAUUGCAAGGACAGCGAAAACCUGAUGGUACAACCCAUAAUGUGGGAAAGCAAAUACAUGAAUGGGCUUGUAGUCUCAGAGUGUACGUGGAGUAUUGUGCCAACCAGAUCAAAGCUAAGUCGAUAUUUGAUGAGAAAAGGAAUGAGCCGUCUGUGGACGAUUACCUGCAGCGCUGUCUCGCCUCCCCUUUCAGUCGUAAACUGGACCUCUGGUCGUUGUUAGAUGGUGCCAGAGGCCGAUUUGUGAAGUAUCCGCUUCUGGUUAGGAGCAUCCUUAAAUAUGCCUCAAGUGACAGUACAGAUGCUGGCCAUUUACAGAAAUCAAUCAAAAUAAUAGAGAGAAUUAUUCAUGAUGCUGAUGAACGCACAGGCCUUGCUCGGUGUGAAUUUUCUAAAUCUUCUCUUGUCUACUUAUUUGAUGACCAGAAAGUUCCAGAAAUUGACGAGUCUAGUGCUCUUGUAUGUAAUGGGUGUAUGAAAAGCACUAAAGGAAGUAAACUGUAUGUGUUGUUAUUUGAUAAAGUGGCUGUGGUUUCGAGACCAAUCACUCAAAAUGGGCGACAGAAGUACCAAGUGUACAGGCAGCCAAUCCCGGCUGCUGAAUUAGUUGUGGAAGAUUUACCAGAUGGGGAGGUCAGGAUGGGGUCAUUCCGCAGUGCCUUUGGACAAGGAGGACAAACAGUUAAGAACCUAAUAAGAAUCUCCUUUCAAGACGCAGAAAAGGGUCAGUCUCACACUUUCGUUGUCAGCGAUGAACAUGACAAGCGCCAGUGGAUGCAAGCAUUCAUGAAGGUGACGUCCAAGAUCCACAUUGUUCGUGACAACAAAGCCAAAGAAAAGUCGCAGAAUGCCUGA